AUGUCUUCUAGGCAUAGAAUAAAUUUGGAAGAUGGUGACAGGAAGCGUGAUCGAAGAAAAAGGUCUCGAUCACGUUCGAAAUCUAGAUCACGUUCACGCUCGCCUUAUUCACCGAAACAUUCGAAGCAUCACAGCGGAAGUCGUACACCGCCUAAAAAAACGCGUGUUGUGGAAGCAGCUCCUGUAUUGGCAUCGAAGCCUACUGUAAAUCCUUACAAUGGUCAUCCUUACUCAGCCCGUUACUUUGAUUUAUACCAGAAACGAAGUAAGCUCCCUGUUUGGGAGUACAAGGAAAAGUUUAUGGAAUGUCUUACCUUGGUUGGUGAGACGGGGUCAGGGAAAACAACCCAGAUUCCACAGUGGUGCUUAGAAUAUGUAAAAUCAAGAACGGUGGCCGGUCAGAGGCGUUUAGUAGCUUGUACUCAGCCCCGACGGGUAGCCGCAAUGAGCGUUGCGACACGCGUUAGUGAAGAAAUGGAUGUUCAAUUAGGAAUGGAAGUUGGAUAUUCUAUCCGAUUUGAAGAUUGCGUUAGUGAACGUACGGUGCUGAAGUAUUGUACAGAUGGUAUGUUAUUAAGGGAAGCGAUGAACUGCCCAUUGUUAGAUAAUUAUGGUGUUAUUGUGCUCGAUGAAGCCCACGAACGCACUUUGGCGACUGAUAUACUUAUGGGUUUAAUAAAGGAAAUAGUUCGUCAAAGGAAAGACUUAAAAAUUGUUGUCAUGAGUGCAACUCUCGAUUCGGGGAAGUUUCAGCAGUAUUUUGAGAACUGCCCGCUUAUGUCAGUUCCCGGACGGACCUUCCCUGUUGAAAUCUUUUAUACUCCGGAGCCCGAAAAGGAUUAUCUUGAAGCAGCCAUCCGAACUGUUGUGCAAAUACAUAUAUGCGAAGAGGUCGAAGGUGACAUAUUGCUGUUCCUGACUGGACAAGAGGAAAUUGAAGAAGCCUGCAAACGCAUCAAACGUGAAAUCGAUAAUUUGGGUUCUGAAGUCGGUGAAUUAAAAUGUAUACCCCUUUACUCAAGUCUGCCUCCAAACCUGCAACAGAGGAUAUUUGAGCCAGCGCCGCCUAAGAAGCCUAAUGGUGCUAUUGGUCGAAAAUGUGUGGUAUCAACGAACAUUGCCGAGACGUCCCUUACUAUUGAUGGUGUUGUUUUCGUUAUUGACCCAGGCUUUUCGAAACAGAAGGUGUAUAAUCCGAGAAUACGUGUUGAGUCGUUACUGGUUUGUCCGAUCUCAAAAGCUUCUGCUAUGCAGCGCGCAGGUCGUGCUGGGAGAACGAAACCCGGAAAAUGUUUUAGGUUAUAUACAGAGAAAGCCUACAAGAAUGAAAUGAAUGAACAAACUUACCCAGAGAUAUUAAGGUCGAACCUUGGUAGCGUUGUACUGCAGCUCAAAAAAUUGGGAGUAGAUGACUUGGUGCAUUUUGAUUUUAUGGACCCUCCAGCUCCAGAGACGCUUAUGAGGGCUUUGGAGCUUUUGAAUUACUUAGCUGCAAUCGAUGAUAAUGGAGAUUUAACGCAGCUUGGUUCUCUGAUGGCCGAGUUCCCGUUGGAUCCUCAGCUUGCUAAGAUGGUUAUUGCUUCUACGGAGCUAAACUGUUCUAACGAGAUUUUAAGUGUUACUUCAAUGUUGUCUGUUCCUCAAUGCUUCGUGAGGCCUACUGAAGCUAAGAAGGCUGCAGAUGAGGCAAAGGCGCGCUUUGCGCAUAUUGACGGCGACCAUUUGACAUUAUUGAAUGUCUACCAUGCUUUUAAACAGAACCAUGAAGAUGUGCAGUGGUGCUAUGACAACUUUGUAAGCUAUCGUGCCCUGAAAAAUGCUGAUAACGUGCGUAUACAACUAGCCAGGAUAAUGGAUAAAUACAAUUUAAAGCGGGUGUCGACCGACUUCAAGAGCAAAGAUUAUUACAUAAAUAUUAGGAAGGCCCUAGUAGCAGGUUUUUUUAUGCAGGUUGCCCAUCUGGAGCGCAGUGGCCACUACAUCACGGUUAAAGACAACCAGUUGGUGCAGUUACAUCCAUCAACAGUUCUGGAUCACAAACCGGAAUGGGCCCUUUAUAAUGAGUUUGUUCUCACAACAAAGAAUUUUAUAAGGACUGUAACUGAUGUUAAGCCAGAGUGGCUAGUGCAGAUGGCUCCCCAAUAUUAUGAUAUGUCAAGUUUCCCAGAGUGUGACGCUAAACGAAAACUGAUACAUGUUAUAAGCACAUUAGACGCACUGCGGAACUCCCGGAACAUUUGA